AAAUCAGUGAUAAUCUUGUUUGUAACAAAAGUAAAUAAAGGCUCGAAAAAAAAGAACAUAAUUAUCGUAUCGUAGUACAUUAUUUCUCUACUUAGACGAUGUAACAAAAAUACUCAAAACAUUUAUGUUCGAUAAAUUUAAAAAAGUAAUAAUUUUAAUGUAAAAGAAAUUAUUUCUCAAUCCAUUAUGUUCCAAUCCAUGUUUAACUCGGCAACUUCACGGCCACUCUGAAACGAAUGAAGAAAGAGAAACAUGGAUUGUGUAUCGCACUCUAAUAUUUGUCAUCUCGCUCUACAUAAUAGAUAAGCGAUAAACACGUCUCGCUUUGUUUACGUCCAUGAAACGCUGACUCUAUAGUAUACGCUUGAUUCGAAGAUAGUCGUCAACGUUGUAAAAUUAUAAAGCGUACUAAAACGAAAAUUUUAUUUUAUGCUCUGAUUAUUCAAAUGAUUUCUUUAUUGCCAUAUUGACGUAUACUGUUCAUCGAGAUAUGUUACUAAAAAUGAAAUAAUCGAUUUGUCUAAACGCUUUGCAUGCACUACAUGGCCUCGUAAAUCGUAAAUGGUGGGGGGAGCGCACCGCUCGCACACCGUCGCACGGUUUCUAUUUUGCGUUUCUCGAAUUCAGUUACUUUAGCGCGCUGAGUGAGUCCGCGUCUCAUUCGCGCGUGCAUUUUAUAAUUUAUUUAUAUAGUGUACAUAGAGUUUUGUAAAGAGAGACGGUUUAUAUAUAGUGCUAGUGAAUUAUCAAAUUAUCGAACUGUUUAGUGUGCGAAUGAACUGUGCUGACAAAGUGUAGUGAAAUUUUUAUACGUGUAUAGAGUACCUGGAUUGUUUUGGAUAGAAAACCCCGUGCAACUGGACGACGAAGAGGCUGUGAUUUUGUUAUAAUGAGAUAAUUUGAUUUCGAAGAAGAGAAUACAAAACUAAUUUUUUGACGUUUCAUAACUCUGAAAUUAGUAACGAAGUGAAAAUCUAUCGACUUUUUGGAUUGACAUAUCGUUGUGCGAAGCGGGCAUAUUGAAGGGGUGCUUUCGAAUUCGGUCGGGUUAUAGCAUAUUGCAGCGCCAUCUGCGACUAGAGCACCGCGUGAAGUUGUCGCAGGUUGCAGUAACUACUCGCGAAAUGCUUUACGUGUCGUUUGUACUUUCGCUAAAAGUUGAAGAAAUAGUUGCAAUAUAAAUUAUAAUAGUUUUCAUAAUCGUUUGCGGUGGGCAAGCCCUCGUGAUUGGACAAGUUUUGCGCGUGGCAACGCGUCUAUACGUGGAAAAAAUUGAUGAGGUACUGAAGUGUUGGAGUCUACAUGGUGUUGGUCGACGGCUGAACCAUGGCCACCGCAGCCGCCGAAAUGAACUUGCCUGACAAGAAGCCUGAGCACGAGUCGGGUUACUACGAGGGCAGCGACCAGGAGGGCAGCAUGGAGUGUGGGUGCCCGUCACCGGUCAGUUCGCGGAACUCUUCGCACUCGACCAAGCUGAAGCGGCGCCACAGCGCGCACAAGCACAAGAAGGUGCCCACCAAGAAGGCGAGGACCGAGCCUCCCGCCAACGGCUGCAGUGUGGGAAACAAUGGACACUUGGACAAGAGUCUGGAAAUAGUGGAGUGCUCAAGUAGUGUGUCAUCAGUGAAGGACUAUAAAAAGCCGGAGGAGCUGCCGCCCAUACCGGGGCCCAGCUCCAAGCGGAGCAGUUCUGUGGAGCUCAUCGGUGGCACCGUCCCAGCCCCUGCUCGGGACUCAGUUGACUGGAAUCUGGUUGACGCUAGUAAAAUUAGAAAGAGAUGCAAAGUUAAUCUUAACGGGGCCUCCAAAGUGGACAUAUCACAUUUUGACUUGCUCAAAGUACUCGGCACUGGUGCAUACGGCAAAGUAUUUCUAGUUAGGAAAAGAUGUGGCAUCGACGAAGGAAAGUUGUACGCCAUGAAGGUGCUGAAAAAGGCAUCGAUAGUACAGAAACUGAAGACUGCGGAACAUACUAGGACUGAAAGACAGGUCCUGGAGGCUGUGAGGGCGUGUCCAUUUCUGGUGACACUGCACUAUGCUUUCCAGACUGACGCUAAACUACACCUUAUACUCGACUACGUUGCUGGAGGCGAGCUUUUCACUCAUCUGUAUCAAAGGGAACACUUUAACGAGAACGAAGUCAGGAUAUACAUAGCUGAAAUUAUAUUGGCUUUAGAGCAACUGCAUAAGCUCGGCAUAAUCUACCGGGACAUAAAGCUCGAGAACAUCCUCCUGGACGCUGAAGGUCACAUCGUGCUGACCGACUUCGGUCUCUCCAAGGAGUUCUGCGGCGGCGAGAGCAGGGCCUACUCCUUCUGCGGGACCAUCGAGUAUAUGGCUCCCGAGGUCGUCAGGAGCGGCAGCCAGGGACAUGAUAUUGUAAGUUUGAUUUUAUGAAUAUUUAUAACACCUUGUAGGUUUUACAGGGUGGAAAAACUUCGUCCAUAUUGGUAGGGACGGUGCUGUAUCUCUGAAUAGAUUUAUGUAGUCCAUCAAUGAGUUAAUCAGAAAAAUUAAUAUCUGGAUAAAAAAUAUGUGUAUUUAUGAAGAGAUG